UCAAGGUCACAUGACAUAGUCAUAUGAUCCGUAUGAGCGGCAGGUGAUUUGGAUUUUGAGAUAUUAUUGAUAUAUUUGGUUUUCUGGAUCCUAAAAUAUUUACAUUUCAAUAUCAUUCUGAAAAAUGAACGGUUUUACUCUUCUGAUCACCGCCCUCCUCUUAAUUGGGUGUAGUGCUAAAAAGGUUCGAUAUCCUGAUCCAACAAAGCCAUGUAUUAUGAUGGACAUGAGUGCUAACCUUACUCUUUUGAUGAAGAGCAAUGCAAGUCAGAAAACAGAAUCAACACUAGAGGGUGGUGCUAUGGGUAGUGGAGUGUGUGGUCAGUCAUUAUCCUCUGUAGAUCUUACUUUUGCAUCUGGUGUGCAGGGGUCAUUAGAUUUUAGUUUCCAACUAGGGGCAGAUUCUAAUGUGAAAAUGGAUCUUGCCCUCACUUUCACACCAGAUUUCAUAUUCAAGAAUGGAGAUACAGGUAUACAGACUGCAAAAACUGUUAGCAGUACACAAUUAUCUACAAUGACAGCUUCCUAUACAUGUACAGAACCUAGGGUAAUCAAAUUUAACACAGUGACUGGAAAAGAUGGUGAAGAGUAUGAUUUCUCUAUGACAAUCAGUAAUGUCCAGAUCCAGGCUUUCAAUGUCAGUGGUACAACUUACUCUCCAGCUGAGGAUUGUACAGCAAUAGAUGGUAUCACAACAGAAGCAGCUAUGACAUCACAAGCACCAGCUCAAACAACCGAGAAAAACAAGGAUACAACAUCAGAGGCACCACCAGCAACAACUCAGCCAACAACAAAACCACCAACUAAUGAAUCUACAUCCGAAGCACCAACAACAAAACCACCAACUAAUGAAUCUACAUCUGAAGCACCACCAACAACACCAGCACAGCCAACUACUACUGCAAAAAUGCCUAAACCUGGUUCCCCUGAUGUCAACACAUACAAAGCAUCCAAUGGAAAUGGAACUUGUCUAAUGUUCAAAGCAGGAAUUGAAUUCACCUUACCUAUUCCUGUCAAAGGAACUAAUGUUACAAAGACACUUGGUAUCCAUAAAGAGGACAAAAGCAAUGAUACAGAAUUUGCUGGAGACUGUGAUGCAUCAAAUACGACUGAGACCAUGACCAUCACUUUUUAUAAGACAUCCACCAUUCUAAUGACCUUCACAAAAACGGACACUGGGUAUUACUUCUCAGAUGUGGAUAUAAAAUUCGAUUUAAAUAAAGAAUUGUUUCCUGAUAUUGACAAACCAGUAACCCUAUCAGUGAGGAAAACAUUUACAAAGAGUCAGUUUGCUGCAGAUAAAGAUGGAAGCUACAAGUGUAAUGAUAAAAGUGAUUUGGAAGUGAUGGAUGGAGUUAAUAUGAGAACAUACAACUUACAAUAUGCUGCCUUCCAAAAAAAUAUUACAGAAUUUAAAAGUUCUGGUAUAUCAGAAUGCUCCGCUGACUCCGACACCAACUCUGUAGUACCGAUAGCUGUAGGUGCUGCUCUUGCUGGAUUGGUUGUUAUAGUACUGAUAGCUUACCUUAUUGGUCGUAAGAGAAGUAGACAGUCUGGAUAUGAACAGGUGUAACAGGGAUACAGUGGCUAUAGUAACUUAACAUGAAGGGUGCAAAUAUGACACAAGAUUAGUAAAAACAUAUCUUUGUUUAAACAAACAAUUCCAAACAUUCCUUUUCAUCUAGUCUUAUAUGUAAAAAUUAUAUAAAUUUGAAAUAAUGAAAAAGAAAUUUAAUAUGUGAAUAAUUCAGAUUUAUCUAUAUGACUUUUUGAUGCUUUAUUAUGUAAAUUCUAUGAAAAUAUUAGAACUUAGUAGUAUAUGAACUUUUUACCUCAAAUAAGAUUAUAGCAUGUAUAAACAAACAUAAUUCCAACAAAUUGAGGGUCUUGAAUAAAUUUAUGAAACUAUUGAUAUCAUUCAUUAAUAAUUGUUAAAUUUACAAGUUGUUCAUCAUAAUUUUAUGUUUUAUUCUUUAGGGAAUUUUUAAAGAUAGCAAUAAUUUGUAUUUUUCUGAAGAAGAAUAACUGAAUCUUUAAAUUAUUAUUGAGAUACCUUGUAUUAGUCCCAUGACAGCUUGUUUCAAGCAAGAACUGAGGUAUGAAAUGUUGAUCUUUAGCUUAUUCUCAAAUACUCAAUCCAAGAACACAUUCUUGUAUCUUGUAUAUAAAUAAUUUGUAAUCAUAUCUUCAAGUAUUUGUUGGUAACUUGUGAUUUGUUAUAUAAACAACUAUAUGAUUUAACUUUUGGUCAAGUAAAUUUAAAACAAAAACAAUAUCAUGGAAAAAUUAACACAGUUUAUUUACUACAUAUACAAGAUGGUGCAUUUAAUAUUUAUUUUUAAAAUAUAGUGAUAAAAAGAGAAAGUUAUAAAAAUAUUUAUUUGAAAUAGUUGUACAUAAUGAAAACUAUAUGUUAAAUAAAUUUCAUAACAAAACUAUCAAAAUCCAUUGUACAAUAAGAAUAUGCCCUUGAAAACAGUUCUUAUGUCCUGCUGUACAUCCGUUUGUUUGUCUGUCCUUCACAUGUUAAAGUUUUGGUUGAAAGAAGUCUGAUCACAUCAACUUGAACCGUAGUACACUUGUUCAUUAUGAACUGAACUGUUUAAUAUAUGUAUGCCAAAUUAGGGUUUUAACCCAGGUUUUGUGGUUCACUGAACAUGGAAAUGUGAUAGUGUGAGCAGGCAUGAUGUCCUAUGGAUGCAUAAUCUUGUUAUUUAUUAACUUUUGAACUGCUGCAUCUUCAAUAUUAGAAUAAAGAAAAUAAAAUUUCAUUUGUUGUUUAUAAUGUUUUCAUGUACAUAUUUGUAUGAAAUAUUCGUCAGUAAUUGUUUAUUGAGUAUUUGAAUAUGGAACAUACCACCAUGCGUAAAACAGGAUGUCAAAUUAGAAUUUUGCAAUUGAUAAGGUUAAUUAACAAAAUAUUUAUCCUUAAGACAUGUUUUCGAAACCUGAGAUCUUAAAUUCAAACUCUUAAAAGUAGAAUUAUCUGAUCAACAUUUUACUCCUGCCAUUAUUAUGGGUGGUAUGGGAGAAUAAUGUUCAAAAUAAUGGUUAUGAUAAAACUUUCUCCCAAUUUGAAGUUAUUAGAAGCUGGAAAAUUGGCUUAACAUAUAGGAAUCAGAGUGUUAGGUCCAUAAGUCAUUAGUAAAGAAGAAAGAGUGUUAAAUGGCAAUGGGUAUUACCACCAUAUCUGAUGUGUUUUCUGCUAAAUUCUGACCAAAGAAAAACUACCCAGUACUUAUAUUUCUUUGUAUGUUUAAACUUAUUUGUUGAUUUUAUGAAAAUUAAAAAUAAGAAAACAGGUGAAACAUCAUAUAUAGUUUUGCUGAUAUUGUUAAUUGAUGAAAGAGUUGUGAUUAUUGUGUGAAUGUAUGAAUGUAUGCUUUCUUGUUGAUUUUUUUUCUACAUUGUGAUUUAUUUAUUAAUUUGUUAAAUAAAAACAAAAGUGCUAAUCAUUUUUUUUUCUGUAACUAAUGCAAUGCAAGUGGUUAAUUUGAAUACUGCUAGCAAGUUGUUUUGAAUAUAGUGCUUAGCAUAAGUAACCAUUUUAGAACUAUUAUACAUAAAAUUAAGAUAAUGUGAAUAACACAGCUUCAGUUUUAUCUUUUAUUUUUUCAAUUUAAACCGUUUUCAUACAGUAGAGCUGCAAGAAAAUUUUAAUGAGACAUAUUACAAACUAUAUAACAUUGCACUUUUAUGUCAAUUUUUAUUGUUAGAAAUGUUCACUUUAUUAUUCAUAUGCAAUCAUUUUCAAACACAGUUUUUCUUUCUUUGAAUGUGUGCUUUGUUGUUUUGUCUAAUCUAAACAAAUUACUUAACAGUGUAAACAUAGAUAAUGUCUACACAAGCAUGACAAGUGCAGGCUGAAGUUUUUUUUAAAAUUUGUACAACUUGAUUUUUAUACACAAUUUCAAAACUUAAAUACGGCUGCAUAUUAGUUACUUUUUUUUUUUACAAAAUUAUCUUUCCAAGUUAAGAAGGCCAUUCUUUUAAAACUUAACUAGUCCAUUAAAUUUGCUUCAGCUUUCUGUACAAGAAACAACCCUGCUGGUAACCAGGGAAAAAGAGUGCUUUAAACUGUUGAAUUAGAUAGUUUUCAAGAAAGAUAAUCAGAUUAAUCAUGUACUUCAUUUUAAUGUAUGCACUUUUGUACAACUGUUAAUACAGGGUAAUCUGUUUUGUAUCCUUUAAGCCCACUAAGUGAACCAGAAAAAAGUUAACAUGUUUUUGUCACACUUUUUUUUUUAAAUUUGAGGAGGGUGGGGGUUUAUUUUUUUUUUUUAUUGUUUACCAUUUUAAUAAAAACCUCUAGCAAAAUGAAAGAAAAUAGCUAGAAAUCAUAAUAAAUAUUUUUUUGACUCUUAAAAAAUCAGGGUCAGGGUUGUUAGAGAAUCUAGGAUUUUUUUCGUUAUGGCCUAAGACAAAUUAGUUUUUAAUUUCUUUCAGUCAACUAUAGACUGUCAUGUGGGACAAUUUUGUGUUUCUUAAAACAUUUAUUCUGUUUGCAGAAAAAUAUGAAUUGUAUUCAGUGAUUUGUUUUUUGCUUUGGAACAUCUAUAUUUAUGUUUUUGGGUUUUUUUUCCCCCAACAGCCUCCGUCAUCAUAAUUAGGUAUAGCCUUAAUUAAAAUAUAGACUCAUAAAUGUUUACAUUUAGCAUUUGGGAUAAGUUCACUGUUCACUUUAGAUAUUAGUGGUGUAGUUAUGGUGCAAAAAGAGUGAUUGUGUCUUUGUUGUGUGUAUACAUACUUAUAUUUUGAAAUUAAAAUCUAAUUACUAAA